AUGAACCUCAUCUUCACCCCCAAUCACGUGCAACUACUCAACUCGUGCUACCCUCCUGCUUCUUCUCUCUUGACGGCCGGUCCAGACUACUCUCCCAAUUCCCAAGAACUCAGCCGUCUCACCUACUAUGCCUCGAAUCACCCCGGAAAGUUGACGAAAUUAGGCAGUGAACUCGAGAAACGGCUCAGAGUAGAAUGCAGGAAGGCUCGCUCAGGAAAUAUCCGUACAAGAGCGUCUCUCUUAAUUACUCUGGCUAUAUUUCGCGCUCUUGCUACAGAAUGUCGUCGGGAUAUUGCUCUCCUUUCUCCCUCCUUGGUGGCAUCAGUCGAUGCAGCUCUGUCUUCUGUCCCAUCGGAUAUCGAGGUCGUUGCAAGGGCCGCCAGCGUCUUUACGGCCUGGACAACCUACACCAACGGUCAGCUCAUUGGAGCUGACAGUGACUUUACUCGGGAUUAUCUCUCGGCGCUCAGAGGUUUUGCCACGUUGAGCUGUUCUCAAGCAAAAGACCCUGAAAUGCAGAAUCGGACGCGCCUUGUCGGAUUUGCCGCGCUCACGGGGGCGUUAAGCUCGGAGGCAUUAUACAACGAUUCCCUCCAGUUUCGCUCCCAAGUUUCUAUCAUCAUGCGCCCUAUUCUAGUAACCAUGUUUCAGACUGACCUCAAAGUUUUGGACGACCAGGCCGAAGGUGUCAAAAAAGCUCCAUUAUCGCCUUAUCUCUCAGAAUUUCGUACACGACCAGUCAUUGAGAGACGUGCUGCUUCCAUCCAUCUUCACAUCGACGGAGACAAAGGUCCCUCAAUCUCAGACGUCUCGAGCGCAUGUCUACGCGCCUUUGUCACCUUGCUGGAACACGCCAACGGAUCACAGUUAGGAUACAUAAUGCGGUCAUCUUUUGACAACCUUGAUGAUAUGAAAGGCUGGACCAACCUGCAACAUUGCUGUUGGUUUGCCCAAAAGACUGCUGAUUGGUCACAAUAUCAGUACAGAUACGCUGUCCCAACGUGGCUCGUGGAAAGACUCCAGCAAGGCCAAGACGAACCUGUCACCAGUUCGAUGCAUAAAGCUCUUACUUCUAUGGUGACCACUGUUUUCAACUCCCCGACACCUCUCAUCAAUCUCUCCACCUCCGAUAUUCUAUCAAAUUUGAUGACUAUGGUUGUACGACGCACCUCUCUGGACCCCGAGGACCCUCUCCUCCCAGCCCUCGUUCAAUGCAUAUCGUCUCUAGGCACUCAUGUCUACUACUCCGAUCAGAUUCAAGAUCUCGCGGCUGAACUCAUCAACAGACUCACAUUGAUCGAAAUACAAGGUGUUGCAGGCCGUGGUGGGUCUUCCAGCGAGCAAGUCCGCACAGAGGUCAUCCGUGAAUUACUUGCCGGCCUUUCUGGCCUUGUACACUCUGCUGACAUUCACGAAUCUUCCGGUAACGCUGAAUCAAGGAAAAGGCCUGAAUCCGUGUCAGGCCACACAUCGUCUCCUUCUAUUAACGCUACCAAAAAGGAUGCUGGCGUUGACGAAAGAGCCUCUAGGAGAACAAGGGUUUCUCCCGACAUCUGGCAUGAUACUCUGAGCCUACUGUGUGAUAAAGAUUAUGCAGUGCGUGCGGAUUACGCGCAAACAUUGGUUUUCUAUCUGGCAAAUGAAAUGCCGAAGCACCCCGACCUGUCUGAUGCUGACGGUCCUUAUCGGCUGCAGACCGUUAACAAACAUGUCCUUCUGUAUUCGGGAGACAUUGGUGCCAAGUUCCUCAAUGCCCUCCAUGCUUACGUAUAUAUCCUUGCCACCACCGCAUCGCUAGGCCUUACAUCUAGUCCUUCUGCAUCAUACUCUGCCUCAGUCAACGGUCACGAUCAUGCCGCCCGAAUUGCAGAGCCUCAUGUUGAUCACGACCCGACAGCAGAGUCACCCACUCAAGAUCUUUCAUUUUCUGCUUCCCAGACACCUCGAUCACGGAAAAUAUCGUUGGCAUUCCGUCUGCUAGAAAGGGCGCCCUCUCAAGUAACUUCCGCGGGUUCAGCAUGUUUGUCGGACUACGCCCAUAUACUUGACAUUUUAACGACCGUUCAAGCGCAAUUGCCCGUCCGUGGUUUGUUGACUGGUCUGCCGAUGCUACUGGCAUUAGACGGUGCUACUCGUAAAGAUGAUGUUGGCGACCCUGCAACUGUCCGUCGGAUUAAUGCGACAAAGGCUGUCCUUGCGAAGAUUUGGUUGCUACUAGGGUCUCAAUGGGAUUGCAAGCAAUUGGUAGAUAUGGCCGAAAAGGCUUUGACGAAAGUGUCCAGUCUAUCGAGGUUGCCUACGAAUCCUCCCUGGGAUAUAGGGAUAUAUUGUUCAGCGUCACAGCCCGUACAGUUUUCCUCAGAAGGCACAUCCUCUGAUGAGCUUGUUUGGUCUGGUGUUGAUGCCGAGACAGCACUUUCACAUCUUGUUGCGAACAAGAACGUGCAAGAAGCUACCGGUCUGGAUAGCCAGACCCUUCUGCGACGAUUCUCUGUCAAGUGGACUGCCGAGGGAGCGUUGACGGAAUCCUAUAAAAAAUCCACACCGUACGACAGUACGAUACGUGGUGAUGGGAUCUCCCCCCUCCUCAAGAUCUCGCCUGGUUUCAUGCACAUCGAAAAUAUGUCACUUCAGAGUCUCGCUCGUUCUACUCGGGGUGUAGGAGUCACGGAAUUACGAGAGGCACUGGAAGGUCGAAGUAGCAUGUCAAAUCCAGCCUUAGCUUUGGGAGGUCGACCAUCCUCCAUAUCCACACUCGACCAUGGCUCUUCCGUGGGGGACAAUCGUUUGACGAAGACGCGGUCGAGGACGAAGAAACGCGUUAUUACAUCGAGCACGGGGGAAGUGAGAGAUGUCCUCAAUCGGCUGGGUUUAGGCAAACAAAAUGGCAGCCUUUUGAAGUCCUCCUUCCCAACAUUGCAGAAAGAUCCGGCUCGUGCAGGCGGUAAAGGCUGA